AUGUGUCAUUUAUCCGAGAUGGCACGCGACCUUAUCCCGCGAAUGUUGGUGGUGGACCCUAUGAAACGCAUUACAAUCCCAGAGAUCCGACAACAUCCAUGGUUUCAAAUUGAUUUGCCUCCAUAUUUACAACAUCCACCAGAGAUUGUUGAACAUCAGACGUUCAAAAUUGAUGAAGAAUGUCUAUCGCAAUGUUUAGCCUUGAAUUAUGCUGCAAAUGUCGGGCACGAUCAACUUGUAGCAUUGCUCACAAGACGAGAAAACCAUCCGCUUCGAGUUGCGUAUGAAUUGAUUUUGGAUCACAAGAAUGCAAAAAUUCGCAUUGAUGAGUUGCGCGAUGUACGCACAGUGAAUAACAAGCCCAAGACGUUCUCGACUCCCGAACCAAGCACUUUGUUACUUCCUGGUAGAGGACCACUACCAAUGGCGGCAUCUCCAUUAAUCACACCAUCGUCAGCACUUCAAGAUGCUCGCAAUUUUGGUGGACGUGGGAUCAAUAUUCCAGGACAGGGCUCGCGACUGUCUACAGGUAGUGGUAAUAGUAUUCCUGGUUUUGAUGACAGCCACAGCAAUGCAGCGCCCACACCCAAACGACGACGAUGGUAUUUGGGUAUACAGUCAAAGAAAGAACCAGCUCAUGUCAUGUCUGAAGUGUACAAGGCGCUUUUCGUGCUCCACUUUGAAUGGAAAGUAGUAGCGCCGUACCGUGUUAAGUGUCGGUGGCAAUCGCCAGGUGACGCUUCUACUCAACAGAGUGGUACCGCGAUGAGUUCAAACGAGACGAAGCUUCAGCAACAGAUGCAGCAAAUCAAGAUUGGACUGCAAUUAUACAAGGUCCAGCAGCAUAUUUACCUUCUCGACUUUCAACGGCUGGAUGGUAAUGCUUUUACGUAUAUGAAUCUCUGUGCUCGUAUCAUUACGGAACUCAAGACUUUAUCAGGGAUUCGACCCCUUGCUAGUGGUCACGAGUUACGCUUCGGUAGCGACGGAAACGUCAAUUCGGUGCACAUGCACCAGCACAUUCCGCACACUUCAUAG